CGUGCAAAAACAGCGUGUGGAGGACGGCCACAUCUCCUAUUGAAAACAAGUGGAUCUCUGUGGAUAAGAUCACCGGGCAGCCAUGGAAGAACUUACGGCUUUUGUAUCCAAAUCUUUUGACCAGAAAAGCAAAGAGAGCAGCAGCGGCAGUGGCAGCGGCAACAAGAAGGAGACGAUCACGUACAGGGAAGUUUUGGAGAGUGGGUUGGCUCGCUCUAGGGAGCUUGGAAACUCUGAUUCUAACCUGCAGGACAUGACCGAGAGCAGCAACCAUUGCCCGGUGCAUCUUUUCAAGGACCACGUAGAGAGCGACAAGGACAAACUGAAGGAGUUCAACACGGGCAGGACAGCGGAAGGGAUAUACGAAUGCAAAGAGAAGAGGGAAGAUGUGAAGUCAGAAGAUGAGGACGGACAGACCAAGCUUAAACAAAGGAGAAGCAGAACCAAUUUCACACUAGAGCAGCUGAACGAGCUGGAAAGACUUUUUGAUGAGACUCACUAUCCAGAUGCCUUCAUGAGGGAGGAACUAAGCCAGAGGCUGGGAUUAUCUGAAGCUAGGGUUCAGGUCUGGUUCCAGAACAGGAGAGCAAAGUGCCGAAAGCAGGAAAACCAGAUGCACAAAGGUGUGAUCCUGGGAACCGCCAGCCAUCUAGACGCCUGCAGAGUAGCCCCCUAUGUGAAUAUGGGAGCCCUGAGGAUGCCUUUCCAACAGGUAGUUAGCUCCGGUUUUAUUUUACUUUCCCUCAGUAAGCUCCGACCCCCAUUCGUCCAGGCGCAGCUGCAGCUGGAGGGCGUGGCGCACGCGCACCCGCACCUGCACCCGCACCUGGCGGCCCACGCGCCCUACCUGAUGUUCCCGCCGCCGCCCUUCGGGCUGCCCAUCGCCUCCCUGGCGGAGUCCGCCUCCGCCGCCGCCGUGGUGGCCGCCGCCGCCAAGAGCAACAGCAAGAACUCCAGCAUCGCCGACCUGCGGCUGAAGGCCCGCAAGCACGCCGAGGCGCUGGGGCUCUGACACGCUUGCCCCGAGUCCCCCGUCACAGCCCGCCCCGGGUGCCCGCGCCGGGCGGGCGUGUGACCCGCACGGACCGCCGCUCUGCCCCCCCGCUCCUCCCCAUCCUCCUCCUCCCUGGCUGCGGGGCGAGCACCGAGCGCUCCGGCCGCCCCGCCGCCUUCUCUCCUUUUAUUGUUUUAUUAUAUAUAUAUUUUUGUUUUGUUUUCGUCCCUUUCCCCUUCCCCGAGGCCCGCGAGCGCCGCCGUGCUCGCCCGCUCGGCCGCAGGGACUCGGCGGCCGGAGGUGCCGCGUGGCGCGGGGGGGACGCGCCGCGGGCCGCGGACACGGCACACGCGAGCAGCAAAGGCGCACCCGCCAGCCAGAGACUCCUCGGAGGACAAAGUAGGUGGGAGGAGACAGAAAAGAGAGUUAAAAAAAAAUAACAAAAAAAAAAAAAAAAAAAAAAAAAAGGAAACCAUCUCUAAAUUAUGGUAAUCUGUGAACAUUGGGGACACUUUGGAUUUUUGACCCUGGCAAAAGUGAUCGCUCCGGCAUAACGUCAUCUGCUGCUGUCAGUUUUGCUACCUUGUGCAUGUGUCAAACUAAACACGUUUUGAAGAUCAGAAAUAUAUUAGAACAAAACUAAACAAAACAAAUAGUAAUAAUAAUAAAUAAUAAAUCCUUGGGGCUGGUCUCCAUUAAAGAUGACAUUUCUUUGUUGCCAACAGUAUUAUUUCACUGCCAUGAAUCUCUUCCAUCACUGAGGAGCUGCUGCAGAACUGGUUUGAAUUUAAAUGUGGAAUUUCAGAUCUGAGGCAAGGCAGGUUUUUAUUUUCCUUCUUUUCUUUCCUAAAAAAAAAAGGAAAAAAAAAAAAAAAAGAGCAGCAAUAACAAAAAAGUGUGUGUCUCAAAUGGCUAUGUCCUUUGAAAGGAGAAAAAAAAAGAGAGACUAGAAUUUACAAAUUGUUAGUGAUAACUUGAAAGAUGGGAACAAUAAGAAAUGCACUUGUUUUACCAGAAGUACCUGAACUCAAAGAGACGUAUUGUGCCAUAGAAACAGGUCAGUUUUUCAUUUUUUCCCCCCAAAUGCCUAGAUCUUUGAACCAGAAUCUCACUGUUUUACAGGAUGUAGAAAGAAUGAAUUAUACAACAAAGAUGGACAUAUGGUUUUAAGGCAUAAUACUGAUGCAGCAUUACUUUUAGUGAAAUGCAAUUAAGUGCAGUAAAGUGCAAUACUGUAAAUAUUAUAGAUUUUAAAAAAAUAGCCGUACUUUUUCUGUUAUUAACCAAUUCUGCAAGAUCUAUAACUUAAAUCCUUUAUGCUCAGACUGGUGCA